AUGGGAGACGAAGAAAAUUUAGUCUUAGGCAGUUGCAAGAAUCGGAGACCCUCUGAAACGUCUUGGGGCCCUGCAGGAAACCUAUGGCCACUGUUGAGAGCCGCUGAGUUAGAUCAGGAGCACUUCUCGGAGGAGGCGGCCUCUCGAGUCCUGAAAGCAGAGCGGAUAGCUAACGUGCGCAAGAAGAGGGCGAGGCGGUCCACGAGCGGACUGUGGUGCAGGGCCAGCAGGGAUCCCUCGGCUCGGGGUCGAGCAGCGGAAGGGGAAAGACCUGCCCGUCAGCAUCACACUGAGCGGGCGGUCACCGAGCCGCGGAGGAGCGGGCGCGCGCAGCUCCGGCGGGGCCGCGGGCGGGCCGCGCCCUCGGAGGCCCGAGGCCCGCAGCGCGCAGGCGCGGCGCUGCCCCGGAACGGUAAACAGUGCGGUCACGUGACGCGGCCGCGCUCCAGCCGCCGGGCCGCCGCCGCCGCACGCAGAUGGCCUCGGGGUCUCGCGCCGCCGCACGGUCCCCACGAGGCGCGCUCUGCUCUGGCGCUGAGCGGCGGCGGCUGCACGAAGGCUGAGGAGGGCGGCGCGGAAGCCGGGGCGCCGGGGUCCGCGGCGGCCGUGGCGGCGCGGCGGCGGCUGGCGACGCGCGGCCCUCCCCCCCCUGCCCCGCGCCUCGCGGCCUCCCGCCCUCCGCCUGCCGGGCUCCGCGCCUCCCUCCCGCGCAGACCGGGGCGCCCCCCGGCCUCUUGCGCAACGCCUCGGCCUGCCCGCGCCGCCUCGGUCGCCCGGGACCGUUUGGGCCGCGGCGGCGGGGCCGCCCGGCGAGGGUCGGGCCGCGGCCUCCCAGCCGGCUCCGUGCCCCCGCCUCGGGUGAGUCCCGCCGCCGCGCGGGCGCUCGGGCGGGAAGGCGCGGCGGCGCGGCCCGGAGGCCCAGCCCGCAGGCCUCGCCCCGGCGCUGCAGCGUCGAGCCUGGGGCCUGAGUCCGGCCGCGGAGCCGAGCUGGCUCCCCGCCUCCGGGACGCGGGCUGGCGCUCCAUCCUCCCUCCCGCGGCCGCGCGCUUUUGUGGUCGGGCCCCAAACUGUCGCCUCCUUUUGCAGUUUGAAGUGAGGAGCCCGGAACCUGGCCUUCGACAAUACGUUUCUGUUUACUGGACGUACAUAACGAUAAUGAAGUUUCCCUCCAUCAGCAUCGUCGUCAUCACUAUUUUAAAAUAUAUACUCCAUUUCCCCAUGAUAGUAACAGAAUUGAAGGAAGUGAUUUUAACAGUUCUUACUGCGCUGAUGAAACCAGUAACAGUUCAGUCAGUUCCUUAGCAGCAGAAAGACAUCCACUCAACCGAGGCUGAGAGAGGUGGGGAGACACAGAAGAAAACUUGGAGCUAGGAGAGGUUGGUUCAUGAAGUUUGAGGAAGUCUCCAUAACAUAAAAGUACAAAUGUGUGAAGUAGCGCAUGCUGAUGUGAAAGCUGCAGCAAGUUUUCCAAAGGAUCUAGCUAAGAUAAAUCAUGAAGGUGGCUACCCUGAACAACAGAUUUUCAGUUUAGUCAAAACAGCCUUCUGUUGGAAGAAGAUGCUGUCCUGGAUAUUCAUACCUGAAGAGAAAUCAAAGCCUGGUUUUAAAGGACAGGCUGGUUCUCCAGUUAAGAGACUAAUGCAGCUGGUGACUUGAAGUUGAAGCCAGUGCUCAUUCUAAAAAUCCUAGGGUCCUUAAAAAUUACAUUAAAUCUACUCUGCUUGUGCUCUGUAAAUGGAGCAACAAAGCCUGGAUGACAGCACAUCUGUUUACAGCAUGGUUUACUGAAUAUUUUAAGCCCACUGGUAUCCUGUUGCUCAGAAAAAGGUUGCUAAAUGUCACUGCUCAUCGACCUGGUCAGUGCACCUUGUAAUCCAAGAACUCUGGUGAAGGUGGAGAGGGGAUGAAUGAUUUUCAUGCCUGCUCACAACAACAUCCGUUCUGCAGCCCAUGGAUCAUGGAGUCACUUCGACUUUGAGGUCUUAUUUUUGAGAAAUACCUUUUGUAAGGCUAUAGCUGCCAUAGAUACUGAUUCCUCUAAGGGAUCUGGGCAAAGUCAGAUCAACAUUCAGAGGGGUUUGGAAGAAGUUGAUCCAGUCCUCAUGGAUGGCUUGGAGGGUUUCAAAAUUUCAGUGGAGGAAGUAACUGCAGAUGUGGUAGCAAUAGCAAGAGAACUAAAAUUAGAAGUGGAGCCUGAAAAUGGGACUGAAUUGCUGCAACCCUGUGAUAAAAUUUAAAUGGAGAAGGUGUUGCUUCAUCCAUUAUUCCUUAUGAAUGAGCAAAGUCAGUGGAUUCUUGAGAGGAAAUCUACUCCUGCUGAAGAUGCUGUAUAGAUUGAAAUGACAGUACAGGAUUUAGGUAUUACAUUAACUUAAUUGAGAAAGCAGCUGCAGGGUUUGAGAAGACUGACUCCAAAUUUGGAAGAAGUUCUAUAGUGGGUAACGUGCUAUCAAUAAGCAUGUCAUGUUACAGAGAAACUGUGGAAGGAAGAGCCAAUCGGUGUAUCAGACUUCAUUGUUGUCUUGCAGCAGCCACCCCAGCCUUCAGCAGCCACCAGCAUCGAGGAAGGACCCUCCAUCUGCAAAAAGAUUACAGCUUGCUGAAGGUUCAGAUGAUGCAUUUCUUAGCAAUAAGUUAUUUUUAAUUAAGGUUUGUACAUUGUGUUUUUAGACAUAAUGCUAUCGUAUACAUAGUAGACUACAGUAGAGUAUAUAUGCAUUGAGAAACCAAAAAAUUGUGGCUUACUUCAUUGUGUACAAUACUCACUUUAUUGUGGUUGUCUCAGAAUUACACUGCAGUAUCUUUGAGGAACACCUAUCCUGGGUACGUGACCAGGGCAAGUUUUAUAUUUUAUCAUUGUUUUAGUAGUGGUACUUCUGUUUUUUCUUACUGCUACUAUUACCACCUGUUAGAAAUUUGCUUAUAGUGAGCAUGCUUGGUGAAUUGACCUAAAUAAUGGUCUAGGCCUGAGUUUGCUCAUUGGCAAAAUAGAGUAAUCACAUCUACUCUGUUUCUCAGAGUUGUGAGAGAGUAGUGAGAUACGCAUGCAGUACAGUUCGCAUAGGGCCUCACAUAGUACACGUGAAGUAUGUGUUAACUUGGACUGCCAUUAGUUUUGAUGAUGAGCUGCUUGUACUAUUUCUGUGGUUAAUCCAAAGUACUGAUGCUUCCAAUAAUGACGAUAGGGCAUCAUAGUUGUAAAUUUUAAAGGUAACUUUCUCACUGAGGGUUAAGUAAUUCUGCUUUUGCCAGUUUCAGCUUGAGGGUUCUUUUUCUAGGUUGUCAGGUCUUUGGUCUUAUUAUGGCAGUCAUCUUGGAUUCUUAAAUAUUCUUUUUACCGGAUAAAUUCAGUAACAAAGUUAUGAUCCUCCUCCUUUUUUUUUUUUUUUUUUUUUUUUUUAGGUAGUCUUGCCCAUAGAUUCUAACUAAAGAAACUGAACCAGAAUUUGAAAUGGGCUUGUAGAGCAGGUGAUGAGGUUGCAUUGCUUUGUAGAAAUGUACUUUUUAGAAUUACAUCAUAAACCAUAUAUUAACCAUUUAGUGAUUUUUCUUGACUCUGUCCUGAAAGGAUAACUUAUUCUUCUUUAACAUUGUUGUAUUAAUGGUGGUGAAGAACUGACCUUUGUGUCAGAGACGGUUUUGAGUUCUGUUACUUACUUAUUCUGUAAUAUUGGGUGUAACUCGGCUAAGCUUUAGCUCACCAAAUUGUGUGGCUGUGAAGUUUAAAGACAUUAUAUAUUUAAGUUAGCUUGUUGCCUGGCACAUAAUAGUCAAUGAAUUUAACUGUGAAGAGAUAAUACUAGGUAGUGGUUAAGUGUAUUGACUCUUGAAUGAAACAUCUGGGAUUCAAAUUUCAGCUCCACCAUUGACUACAGCAAGUACUUUAAUCUCUCUGAUCCCAGUUUUAUUUAUUUCUGUAUAAUCAGGAUUAUAAUAUAGCAUUGUCGAGAGGAUUAAGUGUAGAGCAGGAAUUCUUAACCUCAGCACUGUUUUUUGGCUGGCUAGUUCUUUAUAAUGCGGCUUUCCUAAAUGCAGUGUAGUAUGUUUACUAGGUGCCAGUAUCACGCGUGCCCGCCAGUUCUGUUGACCAAAAAUGUCUCCAUACAUGGCCAAAUACCCUCUGGAGAGGCGUAAUUACCUCCACUGGAGAACUGCUGAUGUGGAGCACUGUCGACCAGAGCACAUUAAGUUUUAUAUUUUAUCAUUGUUUUAGUAGUGGUACUUUUAUUUUUUCUUACUGCUACUAUUACUACCUGUUAGAAAUUUGCUAAUAGUGAGCAUGCUUGGUGAAUUGACAGCUUAAUUUAAACUGUGGUGUAGGGAUUGGAAGGAACCCAGAGCCUUUGCAUUUAAGUCUUUACUUGAAUUGUUGUUCCCCAUUUAUGUGUGGAUCACUCCCUCAUUUUGAGUUUUGGCUCACAUGUUGCUCUUGUUAGCAAGGUGUUCAUUUACUGUCAUACAUAGAAGGCCUUUCUCUUCUCACCACUAUUACAGUGUUUAAUUAUUCUUCAUAGAUUUUAUAAUGUCCUGAUAUAUGUUUGUCCCCUCCUCUACAUUCUUAUGUGCACGCGCACACACACACGACUUUAAUAGCUUUAGUGAUUUAUUGUUAAGCUUACUAUGUGUAUGUGUAUUUUUUAAAGAAAAUGUGAUAAAACACAUAGUUUUAUUUUGAGGAUAUUUCUGAGAGUUUGGGGGUAGUUUUAAUUCACUCUUAAUUUACAGGGGAUUUUGGUAGAAGUGUAAUUUUUUUCCCUGUUGAUACUUUUUAAAUCUUUUUGCAUUUUGUGUGUGCAGGAAACACUUAGAAAACAAUACAUGUUGGUUUUAUCACUGUAAACAAAAUUUGGCUGCACUGUAAUUCUCUGUUACAGAUGAAACAAGUGGGAAAUAUCUUUGGACUCAGAUUUGGCAUGUUAGUACUAAUACUUACUUAUGGUUGUAUUCUGAGUUUUUCCAAAUCUUCCGUUAGGACCAAACUCUACCUUUCACAGUCAGCACCUGUUGUUCAUCUGUUUGAAGUAGCCCCUGGGCCAUUAGGGCCCAGCUCACAUUGCCUACUUAGCCUUGCCUGGCCCCAUGGAUUUUACCUUGCUCUGUGGUACCAUCUGCAGAGAAGGCAAUGGCACCCCACUCCAGUACUCUUGCCUGGAAAAUCCCAUGGACGGAGGAGUCUGGUAGGCUGCAGUCCAUGGGGUCGCAAAGAGUCGGACAUGACUGAGUGA